UAUUGAAGCCGUGCGUUUCUUGUGUUUUUAAAUACAGAGCUCCGUCUCACUAUUGUGCAUUACACGUGUGGUAUUAAGAAAUAUAGUAAUGUAUUUUAAAUACAAAAUGAUCUUGUACAUUGUAAAUUUAGUUUUACUUCCAACUGUUUUUUCACAAAUGUCAAGUGAAACAUCAUUAACUAGAAUAAUGAGAAGAUUGGAUAGAAUUGAAAAAAAGGAAGAAGACUUGGGAGCUGCAUUGCGGGAUUUACGAAAGGAUCUGAAAGAAGAAAUAGACUUAAUACUAGAGGACAUAUCUGCGCUUUCUACCAGGAUUACGGGAUCUUCAGGACAGGUGGUAAAACAUGACGAAGAACAAGUUUCUAAAACACACCAGGCGUCGUGUGAUUGUGGAGAUAUUGUGAGUCAAUAUGAAAAUUUAAUGCUGGCCUUUAAGAGAGAAAAAUCCGAAAAUACAAUGCAACGAAAGGAAUUUCGCGAAAUGAAAAAACAACAUGAUUUGGAAAUCAGAAAUGUCAGCGAAAGUUUUAUUAACAUGGAUUCUAGAUUAAACAAUGCGGAAAAGACAUAUGCUGAGUGUAAAAAAGAUAUAAAUCACGCGCGUUCUUACUUCAACGACGGUUUAAUGCAUUUAAAUGAGUCAUUCACGAACCGUUCAUUGAAUACAUUACAGGAAAUAUCUCGGAUAACAUCAGAUACUGCCAAACUAAAAACGUCGUAUGAAAUAUUGAAGAACAUAACUGGUAAUUUAAUUCCUAAAUCCUGUGACAGUGUAGUUAAGAGUGGUGAAUAUACAAUAUAUCCCGAUGCGUUUCCACAGGGCGUGAAAGUUUAUUGUUAUGUGGACUCCACGAACAAGGGAUGGAUAGUUAUACAGAGGAGGAAAGAUGGGUCUGUAGAUUUCAAUCGCACUUGGGCAGAUUACAAAGCUGGCUUCGGUGACUUAAGUGGUGAAUUCUGGCUAGGCAAUGACCAUGUCUACCAGCUGACUAAGGACACACCGAGACAGCUGAGGAUUGAUAUGGAGAUGUUCAAUGGAACGAAGCGAUAUGCGCUGUAUUCUGAGUUCAAAAUAUCAUCAGAGUCUGAGAAGUAUAAGCUCCAUCUGUCCGGAUACACUGGGGACGCAGGAGACUGUUUAUUAAUGAGUAAUGGUAUUCACAACGGUCGGUCGUUUUCAACUUUCGAUAGAGAUAAUGACCGAUGGGAUGACGGUUGUUGUGCAUGCCGUUGGGUGGGAGGUUGGUGGUUUGAUGCCUGUUUCAGCGUAUAUCUUAACGGUAAAUACUUCAAGGAAAAAGAUUACGUGCCUAAUUCGGAAGGAAUUCACUGGUCCACGAUCACUGGGUGGUACACAUCUUUAAAAUUUGUGCAAAUGAGCAUGCGCUAA